UCUGGCUGUCCAAUCGCAGCGAUGGAGAAGCUAGCCCAGAAGGAGCAAAAGUCAACUCCAAGCAAACCAAUCCAAGCCAACAGUUCAACAUCAUCAUCUGACCGCGUUUUGAGGCCCAUGUGUUACGUAAAACAACUGGAAAUUCCUGAGAAUAAAUACACUGGUUACGUGGCCACCUCGACUCCACGGGCAAAUUUACCAAAAGAGCUUGGAAAGUACAACAAAACGACCACAGAGUAUGUAUAUUAUAACAGACCCAUCGCACCGAAACCUAAACCCGAAGAAGCAGACAAACCUAACAUCCUUUUGAAACACCAACCAACUUUUAGGACUCAAUACCAUUUUGAAGAAGCUGUCCCCACAGCCAUCAAUCUUUCUACCAAGGGCCCAGACACCGUGAUGGAUCUUUCAUCAGCUCCAUCUCGCGUAACUGUCCAACAAUCGUAUGACAUCACCAUGACGUCUCGACCAAUGCCACAUCACAGCCCAUCAACAUCAAUAGCUCACCUUCACUCCCAAAAACCAUCGCUGCUAAUUGCCCAACGACCAAUUUAUCCUCAUCAACCUCCACCGUUAGAACAGACAGAGCCAGUUGAUUUCAGUCCAAAAGCAGAACUGCCUCUACGAGUGUUGUCCUUGUCCACCCAGUGUUCUCAGGCACGACGACCAUCUUCCCAUCCCCUGUCAACUGUCCCUUCGUCUACCCACAGUAAUCUUCACACAGUUUUUUCACCUGCUUACCCCCCAUCAUCCUUUACUAGACAAGAAAUAAUUUGCUCUUCUUCACCAGGAAAUCACAUCAAACACUGCACUGUGACUGCCACUGGAGGCGUACCUUAUGUACCUCGGGUUUCCUCAAGCCCCAUUUUAUCCAUUGUUACCUGCUCCUCACAGGUUCCUGGAGGAUGUACUUUUACUUUUCAUACUCCAAACAUAUCAGCAACACAUGCUCCCAAUAGCCCCAACUUAACUGUGGUUACCCAUUCAUCCCAGGUUUCUGAAGAUUGUUCAUUUCCCUCUCAGCUAACCAGCAUAUCAACACCUUGUGUACCCAGAAGCCCCAACUUACACAUAGGUACUUGUUCAUCUCAGGCUCCUGAAGAUUGUUCUUUUUCCUCUAAACCCCCAGGCAUAUCAAAAUCUGGUAUUUCCUCAAGCCCCAACUUACCAGUUGUGACCUGUUCAUCCCAGUCUAUUGAAAUGUGUUCUUUUCCCUCUAAACCACCAGGCAUAUCGACAUCUGGUAUUUCCUCAAGCCCCAACUUACCAAUUGUGACCUGUUCAUCCCAGUCUAUUGAAAUGUGUUCUUUUCCCUCUAAACCACCAGGCAUAUCGACAUCUGGUAUUUCCUCAAGCCCCAACUUACCAGUUGUGACCUGUUCAUCCCAGUCUAUUGAAAGUUGUUCUUUUUCUUCUAAGUUACCAAAUCUUAUAUCCUCCAUCUCUCCAGUGGUGACGUGUUCAACCAAAGCUCCUGAAUGCUGUUCUCUUACCACUAAGCCACCAGUUGUAACGUUGCUUGAAACAUGUUCACCAAACAUAACUGUUCAAUCAUCCGAAGCACGGCCAAGUGAUUCAUCCUCUCCUGGGGCAUCAUUGUGGGCAACAAAUCAACCAGAAUCGACCUUUAAAUUACGCCUUACUUCACCCACUGCUGCUAUUUCCUCUCUUUCACUCCCAACUUCACCUAUCAGUACGCAUGAUGUUCCACAAUCAGGCGGACUUGGGCCAUCACCAUCACCCGUUGCUCCAUUUUCCUCCCACUCUCUGCCCACUUCCCCUAACCCCUCAUUCCAUAAACCUCUGCAGAAUCAAGGCUAUGUCAGUAACCAUUCAUUUGGUUCUACGAUAUCUACGUCAACAAACAGGACUGCUGAACAAAGAAGUGAAACAGAGAG